AUGCGAGCUUCUCCUCAUCGCCAAACCAUUGCCAAGCUGUUCAACGACGGCAUCUCCACCGGUGACAUCGCUCGAAGACUUCUUCUUCCGAGAGCAACUGUCUAUCGAGUUGUGCAACAAUUGAAAGAUCGAGGACAUGUGUUGGAGCUUAAGAAAAGCGGAAGACCUCGUACUGUCAACACUCGCCGGACUCGUGGCAUCAUCAAGAAGAGAAUCACACGAAAUGAUGCGGUCAGCAUGAACCAAAUGGCUUCAUCGCUCGGAAUCUCAAGACAAUCGGUUCAAUCCAUUGUGAAAAAGGACUUGGGUCUGAACAGUUAUCGGCUCCUUCGUGGCCAAUACCUCACAGAACAGUCCAAGAAGAAUCGGCUCGAAAAAGCGAAAAAGUUGCUCGACGCACUCAAGGUGCGCCGCCUCUCUGAAGUCAUUUGGACUGAUGAGAAAAUUUUUACGGUUGAGCCGCUUCCGAACCGACAGAAUGCUCGGCAAUUGUUGUCAAAGGACGAAGCAAAGUCCCCAAAACGUCGUCUGGCCUACAAGAGACUUUUUCCAAAGUCAGUGAUGGUGUGGGCUGGAUUGACGUCGGAAGGUAAAGUCCCAUUGGUUUUCAUUGAUAGAAAUGUGAAAAUCAACUCGGAUGUGUACCAAAAGUUGGUGUUGAUGGAUGUUUUACGUCCGUGGGUCACUAGCCACUUUGGCCAGCAACCCUUCAUUCUUCAACAAGAUUGGGCCCCGUCCCAUGGCUCGAAAUCCACGAAAGCUGUUCUCGACGCUCAUUUCCCUGGCUACUGGGGCAAGGACAUGUGGCCCGCUUCCUCGCCCGAUCUGAAUCCACUCGACUUUUCCGUUUGGGGAUAUUUGGAGGAAAAGGUGAUGGCUCGAUCGCACCCAAAUGUGGAUUCACUGAAGGCCGCUUUGCUCAAAGCAUGGGAUGAUCUUGACGAUGACUACCUCCGGCGCACCGUCGCUUCUGUUCCAGCUCGUUUGAAGGCGUGCAUCAAGGCCGAAGGCUCAAACUUCGAAUAUCUCCUCUGA